AUGGACCAGACACCAGAAAGACCUUCUCAUAGUGAAACGGUUACCUUUUCUAUUCCCGAAGAUGCGGUUCGAAGUCCUCGCCGAAGUAGCCGUAUCAAGAAGAACCCUUCCGUAACCCCAAGACGUUUCAACAAGUUCUUCACGCCCAGAGCUCGGAACCUCCAGCGAGCGGUUCGCAGCUCGAGGAAGGCUCUCCAUGAUCUUUCUGCAGCCACUUUGAACAGUCGAGCCGACAGUGUACAUCGCCCGAGCAAAAGGAGGAGAAUCUCGUUUUCUUCAGUACCGUCUCUGCCCUCGUCCCCGAUUCGCAAAGGCCCUGCCUCCGUAGUCACAAACGCCAAUGUUGAAUUUCAAGGCCUGGGCCCGGCACCUGAGGCCUUUGCCGAGUGUUUUACUACAGACGACGAUUAUGAAGACGAGGAUAUCCCGGGCACGACCAGAGCACUCCCACCUCCUCUAAUACCAUAUCGUGCCAUCAGCACCUCAGCAGCGGCAUUAUCCAGACGACUCGGCGUGAGAAAUAGGGUAGUGGAGGCGAAUGGCAGCAAUCUCUGGCAACAUGAAACCGCAAAUUUCUACAGUUCAGCAGAUGAUUUCUACUCCUACAACCGGCAGGUUGCAUCCCUACCAUUUUGUGCGACCGGCUUCAAGACCGUGUCUUUGGUCGCUGUGGGUGAUGAAGACGGCACUGUACGUGUACACGAUGCAUGCAGUCAAGACCAGUCGUACAACCAAGUAUUUCUACAGAUGCAUCCCCAUGAUAACGCAGUCAUGGAUUUGGAACUAUCUGAAGACGAUGCACUACUGGCUACAGCAUCCGGAGAUCAAACAUGCCGAAUUAUUGAUAUGAAGCAGCAAGUCUCGACGCACACACUCGUCGGCCACACCGGUUCGAUCAAGCGCGUUCAAUUUCAGCCAGGCUCCGGAAACAAUUUACUAGCAUCAUGUUCCAGAGAUGGGAGUAUUUGUCUUUGGGAUCUGCGUUGCGCCAAAGCGAAAGGCUCGACGAUGUUCCAAGAACUCCGACGUGAAAGUGCAACCUUUCUGGAAAGUAGCAGAGAAGUGAACACGAUCAACGACAUCCGUGACGCGCACACGGCUCGCAACAACUUGUCAUCGAAAGGCCGUCGCCAGCACAUCCCAAUCUCCGCUCGUAGCGACUUUGCAGUUACGACCUGUGCCUUCAUCAGCGCCAGCCGACCCCACCUCCUAGCCAGCGCGUCUGAAAACGACGCCGUCAUCAAGCUCUGGGAUAUGCGUACGUCUUACAAACAACGCUCCGGCGGACCCAAUCCGAUCUCUGCCACCCUCGAGCCUCAGUCUCACCAGAACCACCGACAGUUCGGCGUUACCUCAAUAGCGAUGAGCACCGACGGGUCAAGACUUUACUCCCUCUGCCGCGACCACACCAUCUACGCAUACUCUACAGCACACCUCGUCCUCGGCAGCGCGCCUGAGAUGGCCCUCUCGUCAUCUGCAUUGCGACCCGCUCGUCAGCCCCGCCAGCCCGUCCACGGACUUGGGCCUUUAUAUGGCUUCCGGCACCCGUCCCUACGCCUGCAGACGUUCUACGACAAGCUUGCCCUACGUCACAUGAGCAAUGACCACACCGAAGUCCUUGCCUCGGGAAGCAGCGAGGAAUGUGCCGUCCUCUUCCCCACGGACGAACGAUACCUCAACAAGGCUGCACGCCGACAACCAGAGAAUGCCACACUCGCACCCCGUCUACGCCGUGCUACGUCGUCGUCUUCGAGCAGUGACGCACCGUUGCCCAUCUACUACCACGGCACCGCCCUCGUCAACGCCCAUCGCAAGGAAGUCACUGCAGUGGCUUGGACGAGGAAUGGCAAUCUCGUCACCACCGCGGACGAUUACACCACGCGCUGCUGGCGCGAAGAUGCGGCUCAGGCACGCAUGCUGAGACUGAACAGCGAGCGUGACGUGCGUAGGUAUCAGAGUGGCUGGGCGGAAGUGCCGGCGCGGUACGAUGAGGAUGACGACGAGUUUUAG